GCCGCUGCUAUGAAACCAGCCUUCGAGGCUGCCCACCGCCAGAGUCUGGCCGCAGGACGGUUGGAGGGAGGGAGGAGAGACGGCAUCCCGACCCCGCCACGCCUAAUUCGGGCGCUUCCCCUCCCUCGGCACCGGCGCGAGGCGCUGAGCUACCGAACAGCGAGCAAGCACGGAGGACGGCAGGGGAACCAUUGCAUUCCUCCUAGCCGCCAGUCUACCCGUCCCCCCGAACUGUCAAAGGCGUGGACGAAGAGGGAAGGAGGGAGGGAAGGAGGGAGGGAGGGAGGGAGGGAAGAAACACCCGGGGACAGUGGCCAUGGAUACUCCUCGAGCCCUGUCUUACAGUGGCGACCUUGAUCUAGCAGAGGCUACCUACAGCCUUCUGCCCGCUGCCGCCCACUCACAGCUGUCCAUUCGGAAGAGAAGAAAGGGAGGGUGGACCAUGAGCAGCGACUCCAUGCUCCCUUAUUAUACAGCAGCCAGUGGGCGCACUGUGGGCAUGUUCAACACGUCCAUGGGGGAGCUGCAGAAGCAGCUGUACAAGGGGGAGUACGAUGCCUUCAAGUAUGCCCCCAUGUUUGAGAGCGACUUCAUCCAGAUCAGCAAGAGAGGGGAGCUGAUUGAUGUGCACAACCGAGUCCGCAUGGUGACCGUGGGCAUUGCAUCCACCAGCCCAAUAUUGCCUUUGCCCAAUGUCAUGCUACUAGCCCGGCCUGCUGCAUACAUUGAGGCCCAGCCCCCUCCACAGGCCAGCUCCAAGAGCAAGAUGCGCAACCCUCACCCUUCCAAGACCCUGGAGUUGACCAGGCUACUCCCCCUGAAGUUUGUGAAGAUUUCUGUCCACGACCGUGAGAAGCAGCAGCUUCGGCUGAAGCUGGCCAGCGGACGAUCAUUCUACCUGCAGCUCUGCCCACCUUCCGAUGCCCGGGAGGACCUCUUCUCCUACUGGGAGAAGCUCAUCUACCUCCUGCGGCCACCUGUCGAGGGCUACAGCAGUACCCACGCCAUUCCAGCGGGGGAUGGGGUUGAAGUGCCUGUUUUCAUGUCCAAAGAGAAAUCGCCUGAGCCAAUUCUACACAGUGAAGAUGAGCAGGACAAAGUGAGUAUCAAGAGUCUUCACAUGAUGCCUGACAUCCCGGGCCAGGAUGAGACGGCAGCUGCAGCCGGGGAGGGCUUUCCUAGCCCAGGAGGCACUGAGAAGGACCUGAUGACCCAUCACUACACCAUCCAAGGGGUGCCCAGCAUGUCCCCCCCCAGUACACCAUCUGUCCCAAGCAUUGCCGUGGCAGCUGCUGCCAGCAGGGGUCCUGCCAGCAAGGCCAUGGCUGGGGGCUCCCCAGGCAUGGGGGCAGCCACAGCAGGCGGGCAGGGGCCUGGUGUAAGUGUAGCCCUGGCUGGGACUGCAACUGGGCAGGUAACAGAGACCAUAUCUGCUGGCAGUGUGAGUCUAGUGCUGGCUGGCGCUGCCAGCAUGUCACCAGACUCCGUGAGCAUGGCUUCGGCGGGCACUGGCAGCCGGACCCCCUCGGGCCACGUAAGCAUGGCCUCUGCUGGAGCUGGGAGCAUAGCUGUAGCAGGCAUAGGAACCAUCAUGCCACUUGGGCCCGAGUCCCCCCUUGUGUCAACCUUACAGAGUGAGGGCUACAUGAGUGAGCGAGAUGGAAGUCAGAGGGUGACCAUGGCCAACCCCAAGGCAUCCAAGGAAGGGAGGUCAGCUCGGAGGCACUCCCGGCACAGAGAAGGCCGAGCCCGCAAAGGGGCUGAGAAGGACGGCAGCAGUGGUCACAGAAGGUCAUCCCGGAGGGCUGUGACUUCCAAGGAGACUCCCAAAUCCAGCCACCGGCCCCGGGGAAGCCGCCACAGCCCACCUUCCCGCAAAGCCACCAGCCCAUCUGUAAAGGAUUCCAGGACCUCUCACAAACCGGGGAAGAGUAAGAGUUCAGCCAGCGCCCCUCUUCCAGCCGCUGCCCCAACUAAGAAACCCAGCCGUAUUGCCUCCUUCCUGCGCAGCUUCUCCCGCUCUAGCCAGAGCACCAAAAGCACCUCAGUCCUCACCAACGUGGGGGACACAGCUGAGACCUCCAAGGCCUCAGUCACUGAGAUUGACAUGAGCACCAUCCUGGAGAAUGUGGAGAGUACAGAGAUAGAGAUGGAGACCAUCACACAGAUGCUGUUACCGCCAGCGGCAGAGGAGGACAAGGAGGAGCAGCAGCUGGAGCUGGUCAGCCUGCUCAUGGACUCAGUGGGAGACUCUCAAGGGCCUGCACCAACCCUUCUUCCCUCCCCGGAGUCCCAGCAUUAGCCAAGCCUCCCAGCCAGGGCCACAGAGAAAAGCCGGCAGGCUCGGGAAUUAAAGAAUCGUGUUUGGCCCCAUGACUGGCUAAUUCUCCAUCCUUUAAAGCGUGGACAGACUUCCCUCAUCUGUUCCUUUGCCUUCCUCCUCCUCCUCUUCUUCCUCCUCCUCCUCCUCCUCACCUCUGGCUGAAUCAGCUGACACUUGAGUGUA